AUGGAAAAUAAAAGGAAACAAAAAGAUGAAAUAGUUUUAGUAAAUGGAUCAAAUGAUACAACACCAAAUAAAAAACAAAAAAAUGAACUACAGGUAGUAUCAAGUGGUGGAGGUAGAGAGAUUAUAUUAGGUACAGAAAGAACAUCAAAACUAGAACACCCAAUUAUGCAAUUAAUAGGUCAUAAAGGUGAAAUCUAUUCUUGCAAAUUUAAUUCAUAUGGUACAGCUCUAGCUAGUGGUGGUUCUGAUAAAGAAAUUUUUUUAUGGAAUGUAUAUGGUGAAUGUAUAAAUUAUUCAGUUUUAAAAGGUCAUAAAGGUACAAUAUUAGAAUUACAUUGGUCAACAGAUUCAAAUGAAAUAUAUACAGCAUGUACAGAUAAAUCAAUUGGUGUUUGGGAUUCAAAUAAAGGUGAAUUAAUAAAGAGGAUAAGGGAACAUAGUGGUGUUGUAAAUUCAUGUUGUCCAGCAAGAAGAGGACCACCAUUGGUGGCAUCGGGAUCCGAUGAUAGAAGUGCGAGAAUUUUCGACACUCGUUCAAAGGGAAGCACUCACUUAUUUCAACAUAAAUAUCCAGUCACUAGUGUUUGUUUCUCUGAUGCAUCGGAUCAAUUGAUCACUGGUGGAAUUGAUAAUGUUAUUAGGGUUUGGGAUAUACGUAAUCAAGAGGACCCUUUGUAUACAUUGGCAAGUCAUCAAGACACAAUCACAUCGACAUCGGUUAGUAAGGAUGGUGCUUAUCUAUUAUCGAAUUCAAUGGAUAACAGUUGUAAAAUUUGGGAUAUUAGACCGUAUGCCCCACCCAAUAGAAAUAUAAAAACAUUUAAUGGUGCUCAAAAUAACUUUGAAAAGAAUUUAAUUAAAUCAUCUUGGUCAAUUGAUGGUAGAAGAAUUGGUUGUGGUUCUUCUGAUCGUCAAGUUUACAUUUGGGAUACAAAUACUAAACAAUUACAAUACUGUUUACCUGGUCAUUCUGGUACUGUUAAUGAAGUAACUUUUCAUCCAAAUGAACCAAUUAUAGCUUCUUGUUCUUCAGAUAAAACAAUUUAUUUAGGAGAAAUUAAACCAUAA